AUGGGUCAAACCGGAAAAAAAUCUGAGAAAGGACCAAUUUGUUGGCGAAAACGUGUGAAAUCAGAAUACAUGAGACUGAGGCAGCUCAAGAGGUUCCGACGUGCAGAUGAAGUAAAGAGUAUGUUUAAUUCUAAUCGACAGAAGAUACUGGAAAGAACUGAGAUCUUAAAUCAAGAAUGGAAACAACGUAGGAUACAGCCUGUACACAUCAUGACUUCUGUGAGCUCAUUGCGCGGGACCAGGGAGUGCUCUGUUACCAGUGACAUAGAUUUUCCAAAACAAGUCAUCCCCCUAAAGACUCUCAAUGCUGUUGCUUCUGUGCCUAUAAUGUAUUCUUGGUCUCCCCUUCAACAAAAUUUUAUGGUAGAGGAUGAAACUGUUUUACAUAACAUUCCAUAUAUGGGAGACGAAGUGCUUGACCAGGAUGGUACCUUUAUUGAAGAACUGAUCAAGAACUAUGAUGGAAAAGUGCAUGGGGACAGAGAAUGUGGAUUUAUCAAUGAUGAAAUAUUUGUUGAGCUGGUCAAUGCACUUGGUCAAUAUAGUGAUGAUGAAGAUGAUGAUGAUGGAGAUGACAAUGCUGAUGAAAGAGAUGACAAGCAAAAAGAUCGGGAAGGUAACAGGAUGGAGAAAGAAAGCCACCCACCUCGGAAAUUUCCUUCCGACAAGAUAUUUGAAGCCAUUUCCUCAAUGUUUCCAGACAAGGGUACAGCAGAAGAAUUGAAAGAAAAAUACAAAGAACUCACAGAGCAGCAGCUUCCAGGAGCUCUUCCUCCUGAGUGCACACCAAACAUAGAUGGACCAAAUGCUAAAUCUGUUCAGAGGGAGCAGAGCCUGCACUCCUUUCACACGCUGUUCUGUAGGCGCUGUUUUAAAUAUGAUUGCUUCUUACAUCCAUUCCACGCAACUCCUAAUACUUACAAACGAAAGAAUACUGAAACAGCACUAGAUAAUAAACCUUGUGGACCGCAUUGUUAUCAGCAUCUGGAAGGCGCAAAGGAGUUUGCAGCUGCCCUGACAGCUGAGCGUAUAAAGACACCACCAAAGCGCCCAGGUGGCCGCCGAAGGGGAAGACUUCCAAAUAACACCAGCAGACCCAGUACACCAACAAUAAAUGUAUUGGAAUCAAAAGACACAGAUAGUGACAGAGAAGCUGGAACUGAAACUGGAGGAGAAAAUAAUGAUAAAGAAGAAGAAGAAAAGAAAGAUGAAACAUCCAGUUCUUCUGAAGCAAAUUCUAGGUGUCAAACACCAAUAAAGAUGAAGCCAAAUAUUGAGCCUCCAGAGAAUGUGGAAUGGAGUGGUGCUGAAGCCUCAAUGUUUAGAGUUCUUAUAGGCACUUACUAUGACAACUUCUGUGCAAUUGCCAGGCUGAUUGGGACCAAAACAUGCAGGCAGGUGUAUGAGUUUAGAGUAAAGGAAUCUAGUAUUAUUGCUCCAGUCCCUGCUGAAGAUGUUGAUACUCCUCCCAGAAAGAAGAAAAGGAAACACAGGUUGUGGGCUGCUCAUUGCAGAAAGAUACAGCUGAAAAAGGAUGGGUCAUCUAAUCAUGUUUACAACUAUCAGCCAUGUGACCAUCCACGUCAGCCUUGUGACAGCUCGUGCCCAUGUGUGAUUGCUCAAAAUUUCUGUGAGAAGUUUUGUCAGUGCAGCUCAGAAUGCCAAAACAGAUUUCCUGGAUGUCGUUGUAAAGCACAGUGCAACACUAAGCAGUGUCCAUGUUAUCUAGCUGUACGUGAAUGUGAUCCUGAUCUCUGUUUAACAUGUGGAGCAGCUGACCACUGGGACAGCAAAAAUGUUUCUUGCAAGAACUGCAGCAUUCAGAGAGGAUCCAAAAAGCACUUGCUAUUGGCACCUUCAGAUGUGGCAGGCUGGGGAAUUUUCAUCAAAGAUCCUGUACAGAAGAAUGAAUUCAUUUCUGAAUACUGUGGUGAGAUUAUUUCUCAGGAUGAGGCAGACAGAAGAGGAAAAGUAUAUGACAAGUACAUGUGCAGCUUUCUGUUUAACUUGAAUAAUGAUUUUGUGGUUGAUGCAACACGUAAGGGCAACAAAAUUAGAUUUGCAAACCAUUCAGUAAAUCCAAAUUGCUAUGCAAAAGUUAUGAUGGUUAACGGUGAUCACAGAAUAGGUAUAUUUGCUAAGAGAGCCAUUCAGACUGGUGAAGAACUGUUCUUUGACUACAGAUACAGCCAAGCUGAUGCCCUUAAAUAUGUGGGCAUUGAAAGAGAAAUGGAAAUCCCUUGACACCAGCUACCUCUUCUUUUAAACAAACAAACAGCUGCCUUAUCUUCAGGAAUUUCUAGUACUGUGGGCAAUUUUAGAAAAAUAAAAAAGAUGCAAUUUGAAAUUCUGAAUUUGCAAAGUACUGUAACAGUAAUUUAUAGUAACAAAUUUAAAAAACAACUUUUUAUUGCCUUCUCACCAGCUGCAAAGUGUUUUGUACCUAUGAACUUUUGCAAUAAUGUGGUGUGGUACAUUUUUCAACCUUGAAUAAAGGAUACUUGAACUUCUUCAUUUUUA